GUUCGACAUCUUUUUUAACAUUUGUUGCCAUCGUGGCAACGCAGCAACUCAUGUAUUUUUGUCUGCUACGAGUGACUUGUUUAUUCUGUGAAAUUUGAAAGUUUGUAUUCAGAUUAAAACAAUCACAAAAUUUUAAAUUAUCUAAUUGAUAGGUAUUCUGCAUAAUGAAUACUAAAAAAGGUUCUGUGAGUAGAUGGUGCAAAGUGUGAAAUUGCCGUAACCUGAAAAGUGCAAGUGUAAAACUGUAUAGUUUACCAAAGGAGGGUGUAAGGCGAGACUUGUGGUUGGAGAGAAUGAAUUACAUCAUCCACACCAACUUGAAAAAUAUCUAUGUGUGUUCGGAUCACUUUGUUACAGGAAAGCCGAGUGGAGAAUUCCACAAAAAACAUGUUGAUUGGGCACCCUCUAUAAAUGUGGGAUCAAAUAAGACGAAACAAUUUCUAGAUGGUGAUCAUCAAGUACGUAACAAUGUUGCUUUUGACAAGGCUGAUACACCUCCAUUGAUAGAUGUUGAAACUGCAACUGAAGAUACCUCAAACAGUUUCGAUGAAGAUGUUGCAUUAAUUGAAGAUACACUUCUAAUAAGUGAUUCUCAUCCAAUCCCAUCCUUGAACGAUGUAACAACAAGUACGGAAACUUUUGACAUGACUUCAACUGCCGAUGAUGAAACUAUCAUAACGGUUGAAACCACCUUUGAUGCAUUGCCUGCAUUAAAUAAUUCAAGUCAAUCCAUCAGGGACGUCGAAUUUACUUCCGGUGAUUCAUCACUAACAACUUCAGUUUUCGUGUUCAUCUGUUGUACCCUUACUGUAGUGUGUUUAGGUGAAUAAUUGUCAUAAUAAACCAAAAAUUUUCAAUAAAUACUUGAUGUAUUAACCUUGGUUAACAGGGGCACAAACAUA